UGUGUCCCGUUGGUCGUGUGGUUGUGUGUGUGCGUAUUUUACUAAUCGAUCGUAUUUUUUCUUAAUAUUUUAUUAUUAAAACAAUUACGGAUGAUUGUCAAAUAUUAUACUCCAUUGCCAAUAAUUAUUUAAAUUAACAAGCGACAUGUACAAUGGAAUUGGUCUGCAAACGCCCCGAGGAUCUGGUACUAAUGGACAUGUCCAACGUAAUUGGGCAGUUGUACGUAAAACUAAAGACAAAGUCGACUAUAAAUCUGAUGAUAAAUUAGACUCGAUAAAUAAACAGCCAAAUAAAGAAAUUCUUGAUCAUGUACGUAAAAGAAAAGUCGAACUCAAAGUCGCUGAGUUCACUGACAUCCUCGAAGAUCAGGGAUUUACCGCCAGUGAAAUAAAAGAAAAAAUUUCAAAAUACCGCGAAGUUUUAAUGGACUCAGGAUUAAAAGCUCCUGUACCAAUAGAUGAAUUUGGACGUGUAAAUGUGCGAGAAACACAUCAAGUUGCAGAGGCACAGCAGGAGAAGAAUGCAAAAUUACGCGAAGCAUUUGGUAUAUCAGAAUUCUUCGUCGAAGGGAGUAGUCUAGAUCCAGAGCGACAUGCACGUGAAGCAGAGGCUCGUGCUGCGGCAAAUAAAGUGUACGAAUUAGUCCACAGUCCAAGUCCGGCAGCAGAAGAACCCGAGCCAGUUGCUGAGAAAAAAGUCAAGCGCAAAAGAUCCAGCAGCAGCAACAAAAAGAAGAAGGGAAAGAAGCACAAGAAGGACAGAUCCGAGUCACCUAAAGAAAAAACUAAGAAGAAAGACAAAUCUAAGAAGAAAAAGAAAGAGAAGAAACAUAAAAAAGUUGAAGUCAGUUCUUCUGAUAGUGACUCGAGUGAUGAUUCUGAUGAUAGCAGUUCUUCAGAAGCAGAGUCGAAAAAAAAGAAAAAGAAGAAAAAGAAGAAGUCGAAAAAUGAAAGCGGAAAAAGUAAAGAGAAGAAAAAGGCUGCCUCGAAACGUAAACGUCAAUCAUCUGAAAGUUCUUCUGACUCUUCUCCCGAAAGACCAAAUAAAAAAUCAAAGAAGCAACAAGAAAAAAGUCCUGAAAAAAUUCCCAUUAUCGAGACAAUUAUCCGCGAAACCCGGCAAGGACGUUCGCCAAAACGACAAGAGCGAUCUCGUGUAGAAACGCCCCCUCCAAAACAACGAGAAUCACCAGUACGUCAUUUAGUACCGGAUAAAAAAGACCGAUCAUUAGAUAGAAUAAAGGAACGGACACCUGCUGUGAUACCGCCUCCAGUAAAACGUCACGAAAGACGCUCGGUAUCACGUAGUCGUGAUCGUGGUGGCAUCAAUGAUCGCAAUAGAUCACCGAGAAGAUACUCAAGGCAGCAAAGAAGUCAAUCGCCUCGACGAAGACGUUUUUCGCGGUCGCCAAGACGGACAACUCGAUACUCAAGAUCGCGAAGUCAGAGUAGACCGCGGUAUGAUCGGUACCGAGGCGGUGGCUCGAGACGCAGACCUUCUCCGUUUAGACGAGAGAGAAGAAGGUCUCGGUCACGAAAACGUUCACCUCGUAGAGACCGGCGCGAAUGGUCGCGAGACCGUCGACGAACGCGCAGUAAAUCUAGAAGUCGCUCCCGGCGAUCUUCCAUCAGCUACUCGCCCGUUCGUAAAAAUGUUGAUCGUUACAAGGACACGCAGGAAGACAAGAAGAAGUCGAUGAAACCUAGAUCUGUAUCACGGGGUAGGAAGCCAAAGGUAGUGGCGCCUCGUGUGAGCUUGAGGUCGUCAAGUGAAGACGAGGCGGAUGUCGUUGACGAUGAUCCCAAGCAACAGGAGGAUGAAGAGAAGUUGAAAGAAUUGAAUACUCUGAAACGUCUUCAGAGUGGAUUAGCAGCCAAAGCUCGCGAGUCACUGGGGAAAAAAGUUAGUCCUGUUAAAAUAAAAACUGAAAAAAAAGAAGAAAGUAUUUUAGAUAUCGCUCUGCCUGCUGAUCCUCCGAAAAGUUCAUCAAUCGCUCAACCAAUUUUGCGAGACAGAUCUAAAUCUAAAUCCAAGUCCCCGAUUCAAUUGAAUGUCACACGAUCUGUUGAGUCAAGUCGGUCACCUUCUCCCGCGCUGCCUUUAACGCGCGCUGAAGCAGAAGCUGCUGCUGCUACUACUUCUAACUCUAACUCUAUUUCUACUUCAGUAACAUCAACUACAUUAACAACUGCUUCGAAUGUUCCCACCAUUAUUUCAAAUACUAUUUCACCUGUCAAAAUUCAUUUAAAAAUUACAACACCACCUGCUGCACUUUUGAUACAAGAACGUGAUAUUAAACUCCGUUCUCCGUCUGAAUCGCCGCCAAUGUCAAACAAAAUAAUACUCCGAGCAUCACGAUCCCCCAGUACACCAAAAAAAAGUCCUGUUGUAAAGAAAAAGUCUUACUCGCGGUCACCGACACGCUCGUCAUCGCGAUCAGUGUCGAGAGAUCGCAUUAAAGAGACUUCAAGAUCACCGCGACGUCGGUCAUUGUCAAGAGAUCGCGAAGAAACGUCAAGAUCUAAGUCACGUGAUAAGAAAUCUAACUCACCGGGAAUACGAUCUCGGUCUCCUUCACGGACAAAACAGUCGCCGUCGCCAGUGAGGUCAAAACAUUCUCGCGGCUCGAGAUCCUCGUCGAGAUCAAAACAUUCAGUCUCGCGAUCACGAUCCAGUUCCAAGAAAACCAGCUCGAGGUCUCCGAAGAAAGUGCGAUCUAGGAGCAGGACCAGGUCCGAGUCCCACAGGUCUAGGAGUCGGUCGCUGUCGAAAAAGUCUCGCAGCAGAUCGAGGUCGGGAUCUAGAGACAAACCGAAGAGGAGCCGCAGUCGGAGCAGUUCUCGUUCAUCUAGAAGUUCGACACGACGCAGCAGAAGAAGUUUCUCAAGUUCCUCGCGGUCAUCAAGCAGCGGGUCGAGUCGUUCUUCACGUUCUAGCUCCAGUAGCUCUGGCUCAAGUCGUUCGCGAUCACCAUCAAUACCCCGACGUCACGGAUCACCGAGUUUCCUCGAUCGACGUCGUAUCACCAGCAGAGACAGAUCAAGGGGCAGGCAUAGAAGAUAGAGUAUUCAGGAAUCACACAGAUAAUUGUAUAAAAUGAUUUUAUCAUUUUAUUAUUUUUUUUUCUCUUUUUUUCAAUAAACAUUCAAUUAAAUGGAACAGUACUGAAAUAAUAACACUUUGAAUUUAGCUUCUGAAUAACUAAAAAAAAAAGAAACAAUAAAAAUUAUUUAUAAACAACAAACAAACGUCUUGAUACUAAUAAUUAACAUACGUACAUAUAAUUAAAAACUAAAGUGGAAAUAGAAUUUUUUUUAUUUUUAAUUUCAUUUGUUAUUUUUUAUUUUAUAUUUUAAUCAUUAUUUUAAAUUAGAUCAUAUGUGGAUGCCCGUUAUCACUAAAUUCUUAUUUUUUGCAUUAUCAUACGUAGCAUGUGUG